AUGGAUUUUAAGGGAGAGAGAUGUGUGAACCAAAUAGAGAAGUUGAAGAAAGAGGCAACCAUUAUGCUUGAAAAGGCUACGACACCAUUAACGCAGCUUGAGCUGAUAAAUGCAAUUCCAAGGCUAGGAAUGAAGUAUCUCUUUGAGAAGGAGAUCAAGAGAUUGCUAGUAAACAUAUACCACAACAAACCGAACCCCGAUGGGCUGGGAUAUAACUUACAUGCUAGUGCUCUCAGAUUUAUGCUCCUCAGGCAGUAUGGUUUUAGGGUCUCUCAAGAUGUAUUUACCGUCUACAGGGACAAAAAUGGGUUUAUGGAACACCUGAGUGAGGACGUUCAGGGAAUGUUGAGCUUAUAUGAAGCUGCACAUUUUCUUUUCGAAGGCGAAAGUAUACUAGAGCAGGCCAUAAUAUUUACAAAAAGACAUCUUGUUGAAAGGACUUACAACAAUAUAGAACUUCAGAAUCAAGUGAACCGCUCCCUGGAGAUCCCAUUGCAUUGGGGGAUGGAGAGAUCAGAGGCUAGGUGGUACAUCAAUGAAUAUAAAGAUGGACAAGAUGUGAACCAUGUUUUUCUUGAAUUGGCUAAAUUAGUUUUCAAUAUGUAUCAAGCCAUACACCAGGAAGAUCUUCGAGAUUUGUCGAGGUGGUGGAGGAGUCUUGGUGUUGCGACAAAAUUGAAAUUUGCAAGAGACAGGCUGGUUGGGAGUUUCUUAUGCAGUGUGGGGAUUUUUCCAGAGCCAAGGGGACAACGUUGCAGAGAAUGGCUCACAAAAGUCAUGAAUUUUGUGCUGAUCAUUGAUGAUAUAUAUGACAUCCAUGGUUCAUUUCCAGAACUCGAGUUAUUGGCCGAUGUCGUUGAAAGGUGGAACACCAAGGACAUGGAAAAGCUACCAUACUAUAUGAAAAUAUGUUUCUUGGGAUAUACACCAUCGGUCGAGGAGUGUUUGUCAAACAACUGGCUUUCAUCCUCUGGUUCCGUGUUUCUAGUUCAUGCGUUUUUCGCUACCAACCAACCAAUCACAACUGAUGUUCUACGAGCUCUAGAAGACGAUCAUAAUCUUUUGUACUGCUCGUCCAUGAUUUCUCGACUUUCCAAUGAUCUUGCAACUUCAUCGGCGGAGCUAGAGAGAGGCGAUGUAGCCUCAUCAGUACAUUGUUACAUGCGUGAAAUGGGCAGUUCUGAAGAGGAAGCACGUAAAUAUAUUAGAAGCCUUAUCAUGGAUACAUGGAAGAAAAUGAACGAGUCCAUCACCGAUACGACAUUUGAUCUUACUUUUACUAACGUUGCUUUAAAUCUUGCACGAGCAGCCAUGUUUUUCUAUCAAUACGGGGAUGGGAUUGGAAUUGAAGACGAUAUAGCUAAAGAUCAUGUUUUAUCUUUAAUUGUUAAACCAAUAUUGUAA